AUGACUUCCUUUUAUGAGGAUUUGAGGUCCAACCCCGCCAUUUUCUCAUGUUAUCCCUUUUCAGAUCCCAUGGAGAAAUUGGUGAGGAUUGUUCUGGCCGAUGGGACCAUUCUUCAGACCUUUGCAGGUGUGCUGAUGAUCGAGGAUGGAUCGAAAUUCUCGGAAAUGUUGAAAAUGCCAGGACUGGAGAACAAAAAAUUCAUCAGAAUCGAUUGCUCGCAUCGGGAUGCCAGUCUGAUGAGAUAUCUCAUAGAUUUUAUGAGACAUCUCGCCUAUACUGGGAAUCCCUCGACUCUCUCCUGGCCUGAUGAAUUCGAGCAUUGGAACAGUCUGAUUUCCGAGGCUCAGUACUGGGGGAUGGUCGAGCUCGAGGAGCUGUUCCAACAGGCCCAGGCCGAAAGGACCAACACUAUCACAAUCUCUUAUCACGCCGCGUUAAGUGGGGGAACAGGAACCGACGUCAACUUCCGACGAAUCCAUCGUAUUCUAGUGCAUGGACAGGUCUACAUCUGUCGUGAAGUUUUUGGCGAGCAUCUGAAUGAGACCCGAGACGUAAACGUCGACUACAAGAGGUACACCUGCAGAUUCUAUCUAUCUCACGGAUUCUUGGAGCAGGCCUUUGACACCCUUGCACUGCAUCGAUUUCGUCUUGUAGACAGCUCCAGUCACACACCUAGCGGGUCCCCAUACGUCCCCAAGCAGGUGCUGGGCAGCGGUGCGAAGAGCGACAAUCAGUUUUUGCACUAUGCCCAAUAUGUUUUCAUAAGACAAUAUUAA